AGAGACAGAGAGAUGGAGGAGGGGGGCAGAGAGAUAAAGAUAGCUGAAAGGAGGGAGAUCCGUCAGCGUUGUUUCCUCAGGAUGUGGUUACCACGACGACGAAAAGGCAGAGAGGCAACAUCACUAUCCGCUGGUCCCUUCUGACACCUGCAAGUGUGUGUGAGUGUGAAAGUCAGAGUGUGUGUGUGUUUGUGUGUGCGUAUGUACGUGAGUUUCUGUGAGUAACUGACUGAGUAAAUGUGUGUGAGUGUGAAAAAGACCUGUGUAACAGUGGUUGUGUGCAAGUGUCCAUUUAGCUUGAGUUAUGUGUGACUGAUAUAGUGUGUGUGUGUGUGUGUGUGUGCGCGCGCACUGUCAGGAUAUACAGCCGAUAGAUACAGAGAGAGAGAGAGAGAGAGAGAGAGAGAGAGAGAGAGAGAAAGGUUGAAAAUCUGAAGGGGGAAAAGAUCCGACAAACGCUCGAGACGGUGGAGAGCGAAAGAGCAAGAGAAGUCAGCGAGAACGAUGAAGAAAAUCCGAAGAACAACUAGGACCCGAAAACAUGAACAACAGAAGAAGAACAUAUGUGAAAAGGAAAUUAAGCACCAAGGACUGGCACACUAGCUACACCCAGCGAGCCAUCAUGGACAACCGGUCAUCCACCCAAUCCUUUCCCAACCUGCAACACCAUCGUCACCGCCCAUCCUUUCACCUCACCUUGCCCAGCCUUCAAAGCCCUGAACUGGGACACCCAACCUCUCAGCCUGCCCUGGACCCGCUGGAGCAAUAUGGAAAAAGAGGGGAAGGAUCCACAACCUCCUUUACGAUUUCAAGCACCUCGUCGGCGGGAAGGAGAGCGAGCGGCGGAGGUGACAGAGGUUUGCUCAACACAAGUGGUAGCAGUUUGGAUGGAGAUGCUAACUUGGGAGGCCAUUUUGAUGGAGAAAGCGGGAUAGGCAGCCAUUUUGCUGACAAUUGGUAUGAAAGUAGCAAAAAAGAGGAAGUUUGGGAAGAUGGGGAGAGUUGUGAAAGCACCGCAGAUGAUUUUUAUAAUAAAGGUGAUUGCUACAGUAACACAAGUGAUGUUUUUUACACCAUGAAUUGUGGCAAUGAAGAAGGAGUCAGGGGCAAACUCAGAGCAAACUUGAAUAAUUAUGCCCUUGUUAGCCAUGAAGCUAAAAGCCAAACAGUUUACAACAGGGAGGCUAACAGUAACCACGUGACUAAACAAACUGUGUCCAACAACAGAAGUGUGGCAGGGAGCUUCAGUGACAGCAGUGUAGAUUAUUGCAGGACCGAUUCAAGAGUGAGCGAUAAUUAUUUAGGAAGAGAAGAAGAUUAUGGGUCCAGCUGUGGCUCAGGUGAGGAUCAGCUCCAGCCAGCAGAGGUGGAAGGACCGUGGCUCAGUGUCUCCCCCCUGAGUCAGACCGGAGAGGGCAGGUGGAGAGGAAUGGCGGACGCCUACACCUUGGCCUCAGGGUACCUCCCGCAGAGAUCACCUGUCGGCAUCAGCAGUGGGUCGUACAUUCAGAAACUGGACUCCUUCUCUGAGGCAUUCCUCUCCCAGCGAAAGAGAAGGUUCCCUAUGAAUACUGGAGGGGAUUCCUCCAGACCGAUCUGGGAAUUUGGAGUCGGGAGAGGAGAAGGCUCUGGAUUGGUCAAGUCAAGGCACAGCUGUGCUUUUGAUUCAGACUCUUACCUCCCUCCCUCCUCGUCUUCUUCACCCACUCACCCCUCUCUUGUGUCUUUGCCCUCUCCUCCCACAUCAUCUCACCUCAUGUCUUCUGUUCUGAGUCCUCCUCCCACACCUCUACCUCCUCCGUCCCACUCACCCUCCAAAAUGGACUCUCCCAGUGCACCUGGCAGCACCGGACAUUCUGUGUCCCAAGGGGGAGAUUCGCUUGGUGCGAUCCAGUUCUUCACUUCCCGCCUUCAGACUCUCCCAUCUAUCCAUUCAUCUGGAAUGGUGUGGAAGUUUCCAGUGAUGGCACACGGGUCUCCACAGUUGUCAGGCGAGCCCAGCAGCAUCGAGGUCAACCUGAGAUCGUCUCAUAGUCGUGACUACGGCAACGUCACAGCCUCACACAACAUCCUUCAGUCUCCAGAAUCCGCAUUCCUCACUUCGCUCCACCCACCCACUGCCCUCUGUCCCUCCAACACUCCAUCCCUCCACCCCUCCUUCCCUCUUCCCGCACAACCAUCUCAUCUUUCCGGCCAACAUUAUGAGGCAGCAGAAAAGAUAGACCCCUACGCUUUGAGCCAUAAAGCAAAGAAUGGGCCAGCCAAUCAGAACCAAUCUCCGCAACAGCAACAAGCCUCCCCAGUCUACACUGGAACUCCAUUUCCCAGCAUCCUUCACUCCAGCAGGGGUCAAAAGAGGGGCCACUACACUCCCCGACCCCUCCUCAAUCCUGUGCGCAGGGGGAGGGGGCUGUACUCCUCGCUCUCAUCUCUCCAUCACAGAGAGGAGGAGACAGCCUGUGGAGAAGAAGAAGAAGUUGAGGGUGGUGUGUUACCGUGUAUCAACGUGGGUCGUGAUUUCCAGGCAGAGCUUCCUACAUGCUUUGUAGGAGGCGAUGGGCCGGGGGUGUGGUCACCAGAGGUGGAACUCCCUCCAGAACAGCUGCUCUGGAAACCGUGGGACGAGCUGGAGGAGACUACCAGCUUAGAAGGCCAAGUGGAGAAGCUGUUAUCCAUGUGUAGUUCCAGCUGUUUACCAGGAGGGGGCAGUAACACAGAGCUGGCGCUGCACUGUCUGCACCACUGCCAGGGGAACACAAUGGCCACACUGGAGAUGCUGCUGUUCUCACAGCCCUCGCCAACAGGAGACUAUCACUACUCUGGUAGUGAUUCUUGGACAGACUCUGAAAAGAGUCUCUUCAGCGCAGCUCUGGGAACUUACGGAAAAGAGUUUUCACUCAUACAGAAAAUGGUGAGGACUAAAACCGUGUGCCAGUGUGUUGAGUUUUUCUACCUGACCAAGAAGCUCCAGGACAAGCAGAAGAAACAGAAGGAGGAGGAGAACAGGAAUGGACAGAUGGAGGAGCAGAAAAGUACGACGCCCACCUGUCAGCCAGUGAACAGACAGUUUGGACUGGAGGAGACGCUUCCUGUGCCCUCAUUGGCUAGCUUCUUCCCCUGCAAGCUGUGUGGCAAAAUGUUCUACAAAAUCAAGUCCCGCAAUGCUCACAUGAAGAUCCACCGCCAGCCCCAGGAGGACUGGACAGACAGGCGGCUGCAGCACCAGCUCCUCACUCAGCGUCUGGCUCUCAGUCGUCCCACCAACCUCAUGCCCACCCCCGGCAGUAAUCUGCUCCCGCUCCAGGCUCCAGCUCGGACCUUUUCCUCCUCUGGCCUCCCUGGAAUGCCAAGUAACAACAGCAAUGCAGACAAUGUCGUCAACUCUGUAACCAAUAGCAACACCAUCGCUCCCAGCAAUGCCAGUGUCCUAGAUCCCAGCACUAUGGUGACAUAUAGCAACAUCGCUGCGUCAAACUCUCACGUAAUCACUAAUAUUGAUGGCGGAGGCUCAAAUCAAAGAGAGCCCACCUCCAUCUUACCUUUCCACCAAUCAUGGGGCUCAUUUGGACAUGGCCCCGACCCUGCCACCUUCUACUGCAACACAGAUGGGAAAGAAGAUGUAGGAGCUGGGACUGUGGGGGGAAAAGAGCCUCUCAACUGGCAGUAAUGUUUAACUCUCCCAGAAGCAGUACUACCACUGAGAUCUAAGACUCAUCCAAACUGUUUAAGCAAACUAAAUCUGAACUCAAACUUUUUUUGAAAUACAUUCUGAGAAAACAUCAUUUUUUGUAAGUUUUUGUUGUAAAUUAUGUAAUUAAAUGUGUUACAUAUUUAAAUGUUUCUUAUGCAUUUGAAUAAAAAUUUUAA